AUGGGGGAAGUCAAUGGAGAAGUGAAGCACAUUUUGCUCGCAAAAUUCAAGGAAGGCAUUUCUGAAGAACAAAUUGAGGAAUACAUCAAGCAAUAUGCCAAUCUUGUGAAUCUUAUUCCAUCCAUGAAGGCCUUCAAAUGGGGCAAAGAUGUCAGUGCCGAAAACUUGCAUCAGGGUUUCACACACGUCUUUGAGUCAACCUUUGAGAGCACUGAAGGGGUUGCCGAAUAUGUUGCUCAUCCGGAUCAUGUUGAAUUUGCAAACAGAUUACUGCCUCAAUUCGAGAAAGUCAUUGUGGUUGACUACAAACCUACAAAGGUCCAACUCUAA